AUGAUAUUUUUAAUCCAUCCAACAUUUUCAACCGCAGCUGCAACCACAAUAAACCAAUUCUACUUUUAUAGAAAUAAAUUUAAACAUAAGAUCAUUGGGCUUUUAAGUCAAAAGAAAAUAUGGAGUUUAUUAGAAAUUACAACAACAGCAGCACCAGAACCUACAACAUUCAGUUUACAAAAUAGUAAUAGUAACUAUAAUUUAAAUAGUGAAUUAAAAUCACCACCAAAUUAUGUUCUGCUACUUUUAAAAACAUUAAAUAUCGGUAAUAUUCGAGAGGUAUUAUAUAAGUUUAAUUCAAACAGAGCAGACUACCCAAAGAUUACCUAUGAAGUUAUAAAGAAAUGUCUCAAACUUGUUGGUGAUGUUACAAGGUUCAAUUUUAGUUUCGUCUCUAUUUGGAUAUAA